AAUUACUAAUUAAAUAUACUGCAGUUGGACAUUCGUUAGGUGAUCGCUUAAGAUGGCGGCCACGUACUUGUUGGGAUUGCUGCUCGUAGCUGGCUAUGCCUCGGCUGCAGUACUGAAUGCUGAGCCAGCCAUCAUUGAGGACUUGAGAGAUGCUGAACCAUCAGGCUCAAGGAUCGUGCAAGGCUGGCCUGCAGAGGAGGGUCAGAUCCCCUACCAAGGCAGUCUGCGCAUGGUGAGCGUUAUCGGAGGUGUCAGCUCCUGUGGCUGCUCCCUCAUCCACCACGAAUGGGUCCUGACCGCUGCUCACUGCUUGGCCAACCGUAUCACCUUCGUCGUCCGUUUCGGAGUAACCAACCUGACUCGUCCAGAGAUCCUGGUGGAAUCUACCCACAAAUACAUCCACCCCGAGUAUGAUGAAAUCAGGGCUGGAGUGCAGACUGCUGAUCUUGCCCUCUUGGGACUUGACCACUACAUCCCCUACUCCGCCAACGUGCAGCCUUCCCGUCUGAUGAGCAGGGCACAGAAGGCUAUCAACUACGCUGGAGUUAGAAUGAUUGUCAGCGGCUUCGGACGUACCGACGACCUGUGGAACGGUGGUGCUGCCUCCGAAAUCCUGCUGUGGACUCUGCAACGUGGAGUAUCCAAUGAAGACUGCCUCUCCUGGUACCCCAACAGCCAAGUAAUCAAGGAUGAGACCAUCUGCUCCGGAUCUUAUGACCAUCCUUCUCAAUCCUCCUGCCAGGGUGACAGCGGUGGCCCGCUGACCAUCGAGGAUGCUGACGGCAAGCGCACACAAGUCGGUAUCGUGAGCUUCGGUUCCACUGCCGGAUGCAACAGCCCAUUCCCAUCAGGUUUCGUCCGCCCCGGAUGGUACCACGACUGGUUCACAGAGGUCACUGGCAUCGACUUUGACUGGGACAGCGAUGCUAUUGUAGACCCACCCGUAUCUGGUGAGGACCCUCCCUCUGAUGGUGGUGAUGACAGUGACUCCUCUGCGAGCGACAGCAGCGAGGAAGCUGAAAGCGUACACUUUGUCAACUGAGUAGUAGGUACACCUAUGCGAUAAAUAAAGCUAUUUUUUUACUUUA